AUGCCGAGGGAAGGUAAAAAAAGUGUUAUCUAUCUAUCUAUCUAUCUAUCUAUCUAUCUAUCUAUCUAUCAUACCGAGGCAUUAACCACCUUCUUCUUCUUCUUCUUCUUCUUCUUCUUCUUCUUCUUCUUCUCCUCCUCCUCCUCAUCCUCCUCCUCAUCCUCCUCCUCUACCUCCCCCUUCUUCUUCUUCUUCUUCUCUACCUCCCCCUCCUUCUCCUUCUUCUUCUUACAUCUAUCUAUCUAUCUAUCUAUCUAUCUAUUUUUUUUUGCUCUCUCACUUUCCUCUUUUACUCAUCUCGUAAAUAGUUUUUUUUUUAUUUAUUUAUCAUAUUGUGUUGUUCUUUACUACGCCUCCUUUUCCACCAUCUUUUUGCCUCAUAUUACUGACGGAAAUUUUCUUUUCUUUCAGGGGCUUACUUCUUUCUUUCUUUCUUUCUUUCUUUCUUUCUUUCUCAAUUUAAUGUCUUGUACAGAUUCUAGAGAAGAUCUUUUCUUUCUUUCUUUUUUCUUUCUUUCUUUUCUUGUCUUGUACAAAUUCUAUAGAAUAUAUUUCUUUCUUUUCUUUCUUUCUCACAAACACACACACGCACACACACUCUUUCUUGCUUUCUUUCUUUCUUUCUUUCUUUCUUUCUUUCUUUCUUUCUUUCUUAGUAAAUAUUUUCUUUCUUUCUUUCUUUCUUUCUUUCUUUCUUUCUUUCUUUCUUUCUUUCUUUCUUUCUUUCUUUUUACUGUUUCCUUCUUACACCUGUGUUGUAGUCUUUAUUUCCCGACAUGUUUUUAUAGUCUUUCUUUCUUUCUUUCUUUCUUUCUUUCUUUCUUUCUUUAA